ACCAAAGGAAACGGAAGUGCGUAAUUUGAGCAUAACAGUCGAAGUUUGUGGUCGCUACAUUUUUUUGAGUUUGUCUUUGUUUUUUAUCAGCUUUUGUUUGGGCUGUGAUGUAUGUUUAGUCAAACAACUGUUGGAUUCGUUUAUAUGUUUUAGAAUGUCCAAAGAAAAGCGUCACAGGAGAAGGGAAUCUCCGGAGCGGGAGUCCAAAGUUAAGAUAAAGCAGGAGAAAGUUAGCCCUGUUAGGCCACACACAUCACGCCGCUCGAGGUCGAGAUCCAGCGGCAAGUCAAGUCCACACAGAAGAACGAGCAGUGUAACCGUUGAGUCUUCCGGCAGGACGAGAGACCACUCACCGGGUAGAAGAGAGACCUCCCCCGCCAGACGUGGCAGCAGAUCGCCCAGGAACAGGAGAAGUCGCAGUCCCCAUCGUAGUGCUGACACCAGAAUAAAGCGGGAGCGAGAGGAGCAUCGAGCUAGUGGUGAUGAGCGAAGGGGAAGAAAUGGCCAGCCGGAGGAAAGGCGGAGCAGGUGGGAAUCGGACAGACCACGGGAGAGAGACCGCGGCGCAGACAGACACCGAGAACGGGAUGCACUUGCCUCCCAACAAGCUGAGAGACAGCAGCACGAUGAGCGCCGCAGGGAAAACCGCGAGAGGCGUGAAGAAAACCAAGAACAGGAUUUUGAAGGCACAAACACUCCUCCAGUUGAGAAAGAGAAACCCAACUUUGAACUGUCAGGGGCACUAACAGAAGACACAAACACAUUCCGGGGGGUGGUGAUUAAGUACAAUGAGCCACCUGAGGCUCGCAUUCCCAAGCGCAGAUGGCGGCUGUACCCUUUCAAGAAUGAUGAACCCCUUCCAGUCAUGUACAUUCACAGACAGAGUGCCUAUUUGCUGGGGAGACAGAGGAGAAUUGCUGAUAUCCCCAUUGAUCACCCAUCCUGCUCCAAGCAGCAUGCAGUUUUCCAGUAUAGAUUGGUGGAGUAUACACGUGUAGACGGCACCACAGGCCGCAGAGUAAGGCCUUACAUCAUCGACCUGGGUUCCGGCAAUGGCACCUACCUGAACAACCAGCGCAUAGAAGCCCAGCGCUAUUAUGAGCUCAAAGAAAAAGACGUUAUCAAGUUUGGUUUCAGCAGCCGUGAGUACGUCCUCCUGCACGAGUUCUCGGACACAACGGAGGUGGACGCCAAACGGGAAGAGGAAGAAGACGAGGGCCUUGAUGAGUAAAUUGUUCAUUGUAAAUAAACUGGGAAAUAAACUGUAUUGCCCAAGUUCAUUCAGGUUAGAUAGCAUCAUCAGUGUUUAUCAAAUAGUUGUUUCUGCAGGGAAGGGAACAAUUAAUUAAACUGGUAAAUGUGGGACUUUCUUAGAAUAAUGAAACGUGGCUUGUUUGUAUAUUCUGUAACAACUGAACUAUUGCUCAAACCUGCCACAACUGUCUCAAAGAAGACUUCCUAUUCUCAGGUUGUUUGUGUAAUGUCUGUAUGGUGCAUGACUGAUCUCACAUCUGACAGUACUCAUAAUAAGUGCUCGGUGACAGAAAGUUCACCUAAGUGCAGUAGUUCAUUAUACAGUACGUACUGUAAAUAAAAAGUGAAAAUUUG